AUGCUGCCAUUCCUCGCACCCUACCUCGCCAAUCCACGGCAAUCACUCUCACAAGUCCUCAAUUUCGCCCUGGUUCUUUCUACUGCAUUCAUGCUAUGGAAGUCACUCUCGGUCAUCGCAGAUUCCCCCUCGCCGAUUGUGGUGGUUCUUAGUGGUUCUAUGGAGCCUGCGUUUCAGCGAGGCGAUCUACUGUUUCUCUGGAACCGAGACAAAACUGCGGAAGUGGGUGAAAUCGUGGUCUACAAUGUCAAGGGGAAGAACAUACCUAUCGUGCAUAGGGUUGUGAGAAGCUAUUCUCCUGCCGUUCCAUUCGAGGCAGACAAGAGCGGAAAACUAUCCAGAGCUUCUCCGAAACUGUUGACAAAAGGUGACAACAACAUAGCCGACGACACGGAACUCUACGCGCGAGGCCAGAGUUAUUUGGAUCGACAUGAGGACAUCAUUGGCAGCGUGAGAGGCUACGUACCGGCUGUUGGAUAUGUGACAAUUAUGCUCAGUGAGCAUCCGUGGCUAAAAACGGUCAUGCUGGGUCUGAUGGGUCUGAUGGUCAUUUUGCAGAGGGAAUGA